AUGGCAGAAUCUGCUCUUGAUGACCAGGAGGCUGUUACUACCAAUGAAGAUAAUAUUAGCUCCGACAGCACAGAAGAUUUCUUGCUAACGUGGAAAGACAGAUGCAAGUUUUUCAUUUCUACAUACUGGCGAGGUAUUUUAUGUCUGAUUUUACCAAUAAUCAGUAUACCGAUCUUAACACCCUUUCCCCCAGAGAAAUAUCAGUGGUGUGCCUAUACUUUGAUACUAAUGGCUGUGUAUUGGGUAUCGGAAUGCAUACCAUUGCCCAUAACUUCAUUCCUACCAAUCGUCAUAUUUCCUCUGACCGGAGUAAUGGACACAGAAACUACGUGCGCUUGUUAUAUGAACGAUACAAUACUGAUGUUUCUUGGAAGCAUGAUACUGGCGGCAGCAGUAGAACAAUCAGGUUUACAUGUCAGAAUGGCACUAUGCGCUAUAAGAGCGAUUGGCUAUUCCCAUUACAGGUUGCUCUUUGCAAUGUCGUUUAUGACCAUGUUCAUUUCAAUGUGGAUAACGAACACUGCAGCUACUACCAUGAUGGUGCCAAUUAACUUUGCUCUCUUGAAGGUAUUUGAGGACCAACAACUCCUUACAAUAUACGAUAAAACUGUUGAGGGUGACCUCAUCGCGUCUGACAUGACUACUUGUUACUUUUGUGCUACUACAUUUUCAGCAACAAUUGGUGGAAUAGGCACUUUAGUGGGUACUGCAACUAACUUGGUAUUCAAAGGAUUGUUUGCAAAAGCUUAUCCUUCAGCGCCGGAAUAUUUGUCGUUUCCAAAAUUUUCAGCCUUUACCAUUCCAUAUAUGCUUGUUUUGGAAGCAGCCAUGUAUUUAUACUUACUAGUAGUAUAUUUUGGAUUUUUAAGGCCAAAAAGCAAUGCAGCUGAACUUGCUAAUAUACCACAAAAAGGUAUUGACGCGGCGAAACAGCAAGUCAAGGAGGAUUGGAUAAAGUUGGGUAGAAUAACAUUUUGGGAAAUCAUGGUCAUCAUACUGUUUAGUGGCGCUAUGCUGUUGUUUUUCUGCCGAUCUCCGAGAAUAUUCAUUGGAUGGGGUGAUGAAAUUUCAAACUACUACAAUUUAAAUGAUUAUAAAUUCGUUCUAGAUUCCGCUGCAGCUAUGUUGGUUUCUUUUUUGAUGUUUCUGCUACCAGCAAAUUUAGAUGUUUUCAAAAAUUUGAAUAAAAAUAUUGACAUCAAUGAUUUGCCAACAAAGACUAUUCCAUCAGUGCUUGAUUGGGCAGAGCUAGACACAAAGUUACCAUACAGUUUCAUGUUUCUUUUAGGUGGCGGUUUUGCUUUGUCUGAAGCUGCAAAACCAGAACAUUCAGAUUUGAAUGGUAAAAUAGGAGAGUUUUUGAAAACCAUGAAGGAUUUACCCAAUUGCAUUAUAAUACUGCUCAUAAUUAUAUUUACUGUUUUUGUAACUAAUUUUGCUUCAAAUGUGGCAGUGUGUAAUGUAAUCGCACCUAUAGUCAUGCAGUUGGCUAAAGAAAUAAACCAAAAUCCUCUAUGGUAUAUUAUAGCUGCAGGUUUAUCAGCAUCCUAUUGCUACUGUCUCCCUGUUGGAACUCCUGGUAAUCUUGUUGUUCAGGGAGCAGCGAAAAUUCCAACUGGGAAAAUGAUAAAAGCUGGGUUGGGGCCGACAAUAACAACUAUAUUGAUAUCGUGGAUUGCAUUGUAUUUCUGGGCUCCAGUUGUUUGGCCAGACUUGCAUAUUUUACCACAUUGGGUUAACUAA